AGUUCAGAAGAUUUGGCUACUGCAAUCUUAAAAACUAAAGAAAAACCAAAUCGUUUAAUUGUAGAAGAAGCAUUAAAUGAUGACAAUUCAGUUGUGGCUCUGUCACAGAUGAAGAUGGAUGAACUUCAACUUUUCCGGGGUGACUCUGUAAUGUUGAAAGGAAAAAAGAGAAGAGAAACUGUAUGCAUUGUGUUGUCUGAUGAGACGUGCCCUAAUGAAAAAAUACGCAUGAAUCGUUGUAUAAGAAAUAAUUUGAGGGUUAGAUUAGGUGAUAUUGUAAGUAUUCAUGCAUGUCCGGAUGUAAAGUAUGGAAAAAGAAUUCAUGUGCUUCCUAUAGAUGAUACUGUUGAAGGCUUAACAGGGAGUUUAUUUGAUGUGUUUUUGAAACCAUACUUUUUGGAAGCCUACCGUCCAAUUCAUAGAGGAGAUUUAUUUGUGGUUAGAGGUGGAAUGCGGGCAGUUGAAUUUAAAGUUGUGGAGACAGAUCCUAGUCCUUACUGCAUUGUUGCUCCUGAUACUGUUAUUCAUUGUGAAGGGGAACCUAUCAAACGAGAGGAAGAAGAGGAAUCAUUAAAUGCUGUUGGUUAUGAUGAUAUAGGUGGUUGUCGGAAACAAUUAGCACAAAUAAAAGAAAUGGUUGAGCUUCCUUUACGGCAUCCAAGUUUGUUUAAAGCAAUUGGAGUAAAACCACCUCGUGGUAUAUUAUUGUAUGGACCUCCAGGAACUGGAAAAACGCUGAUUGCUAGAGCAGUUGCUAAUGAAACGGGAGCAUUUUUCUUUUUAAUAAAUGGUCCUGAAAUAAUGAGUAAAUUGGCUGGAGAAUCAGAAAGUAACUUAAGAAAAGCUUUUGAAGAAGCAGAAAAAAAUUCACCUUCAAUAAUCUUUAUUGAUGAAUUAGAUGCAAUUGCCCCUAAAAGAGAAAAGACACAUGGUGAAGUUGAGCGACGUAUUGUGUCUCAGUUAUUAACAUUAAUGGAUGGACUUAAGCAGAGAUCCCAUGUCAUUGUAAUGGCUGCAACUAACAGACCAAACAGUAUUGAUCCAGCAUUACGAAGAUUUGGAAGAUUUGAUCGUGAAGUGGACAUAGGUAUUCCAGACGUAACAGGAAGACUUGAAAUUCUUCGUAUACACACUAAAAAUAUGAAAUUGGCUGUUGAUGUAGAUCUCGAAAAAAUUGCAGCUGAAACACAUGGAUUUGUUGGUUCUGAUCUAGCUGCUCUUUGUUCUGAAGCUGCUUUACAACAGAUUAGAGAAAAAAUGGACUUGAUUGAUUUGGAAGAUGAUCAAAUUGAAACAGAAGUUCUUAGUUCUUUGGCUGUAACAAUGGAUAAUUUCAGGUGGGCACUUGGAAAGAGUAGUCCAAGUGCUUUAAGAGAAACUGUAGUGGAAGUGCCUAAUGUCACUUGGGAUGAUAUUGGUGGAUUGGAAAAUGUAAAGAAGGAAUUACAAGAAAUGAUACAGUAUCCAGUUGAAUAUCCUGACAAAUUCUUAAAAUUUGGAAUGACACCUUCUCGGGGAGUAUUGUUUUAUGGUCCUCCAGGAUGUGGUAAAACACUUCUGGCAAAAGCCAUAGCUAAUGAAUGUCAGGCAAAUUUUAUUUCUAUUAAAGGACCAGAGUUACUUACUAUGUGGUUUGGUGAAUCUGAAGCAAAUGUUAGAGAUGUUUUUGAUAAGGCAAGAGCUGCUGCUCCUUGUGUGUUAUUCUUUGAUGAGUUAGAUUCUAUUGCUAAAGCUAGAGGUGGAAAUGUUGGUGAUGCAGGUGGAGCUGCAGAUAGAGUUAUCAAUCAGAUUCUAACAGAGAUGGAUGGUAUGAGUUCAAAAAAGAAUGUGUUUAUAAUUGGAGCUACUAACAGACCAGAUAUUAUUGAUCCUGCUAUUCUUAGACCUGGCAGAUUGGAUCAGUUAAUAUAUAUACCAUUACCAGAUGAAAAGUCAAGGCAGUCCAUCUUAAAAGCAAAUCUCAGAAAAUCACCUGUAUCUAAAACUGUUGACUUAGGAUAUAUCAGUAAGGUAACUCAAGGGUUCAGUGGUGCUGAUUUAACUGAAGUCUGUCAACGUGCUUGCAAAUUAGCAAUCAGAGAAUCUAUUGAAGCAGAAAUUCGAAGGGAAAAGGAACGUGCCCAAAGAGUAGAUGGUUUAGCAAUGGAUGUCGAAGAAAGUGAUCCAGUUCCAGAGAUUCGCAAAGAUCAUUUUGAAGAAGCCAUGAAAUAUGCACGUCGUUCUGUCAGUGAUAAUGAUAUUCGCAAGUAUGAAAUGUUUGCACAGACAUUACAGCAGAGCAGAGGGUUUGGUACAAGUUUCAGAUUUCCAAGUGGUCAACCUGCAGGAAGUGGCGGUAGUUCAGGAAAUGGACCCAGCCACGGAAGUAAUUUCCAAGAUGCCGACGACGAUUUAUACGAAUAAUACAAUGCAUUUAGUGUAGAAAAGAACUGUUGACUUGCCUGUUCAAAUUUCUGGAGUUUCAAAUGUUUGGGGACGAAAAUGUAACAAAAUUUUUCAGAAACAUUAAUAUUGACAGUGUUGCACUGUGAUUUAUUAGCUGUUUAUCGACGAUAGAAGAGAGAGGUCAUAUUUUCCUUUCACACAACAAAUUGUUUCAUCAGGCACAGAUUUAAAAUAAAAUUCCAAUUUUUCAUAAAAUGGUUUAUCAUGAUUCAGGGGCAGAAAUAUAUAUAAAUUCGUUUAUUGCAUUAUGUUACUGUGAUGUAUGGAAACUCAGGAUGGAAUUGUUGUCAAAGGAAAUAGUAAUAGAUAGUGUGGUUUAUUCUCAUGUUAAUUUUCUUCACAAGGAACAAGAAGGCUUCUAUCGACAACUUACUGUUCAUGCAUAAUAUAUAUAUAUAUAAUGUUCUUUGUUGGUUUUUAAGAAAAGUUUGAAACAACGUGCAAAAUACAGGAUGUUUUUGUUUCUUGA